UGGCUCGAGAUCUGGCUAACGGACAAGCCGCGCUGCAGCACAAGAGCGUCCUGCAGGCCCGGGCGAUGGCGAAGGCCGGGUACGUCAAGCCGGAGCCCACGGGCCUGGCCGCUGGCCUGAACAAGGGCUUCAUCACCACCCGCAGGACCCUUAAGGCGAAGCCGUCCUACCGCAUCGGCAGGAAGUCCCAGCGGGGCGCGCUGAUCAAGGAGGUGGUGCGCGAGGUGGCGGGAUUCGCGCCUUAUGAGCGCCGUAUGAUCGAGCUGCUGAGGGUCGGCUCCGCCGCCACGCUCAAGCGCGCCCUGAAGGUCGCCAAGAAGCGUCUGGGCACGCACAAGCGUGGCAAGAAGAAGAGGGACGAGAUGGCGGAGGCCCUGGCCGCGCUGCGCAAGAAGGGCGCGUGAGCCCGCGCCCCAGGCGCGAGGGGUGCCGGUGUGGCGCGUCUGCUCGUACACUGUCUCUGCGCAGGAUCGUAGGUGUCAGUCUCAUUUGCACGCUUUCCGCGGGGGCGCAUGCGAGUGCUGGCACCGUCGUGGACUCCGGUGUGCGCGGCCGACAAAAAUCAGCUUCA